CCCCGCCGCGCCCCAGCCCCGGCCUCCGCCAUGGAGCUGGAGCAGCCCGGGGAGCACCCGGAGCCGCGCGCCGCCGCCGGGGGCAAGGGGUCGCCCCGCAACGGAUUUUGUCGAGAGUCUUCCACAGAACAUGAGCCACCUCCUACUACAGAUGUCGAUCAGAUGAGUUUCUCAUCUCCUGGGCUUCCCAUGAACUCUGUGGGCAAUGACCGGGUUGAUCAGCGAACCUGCCUUAUCUGUGGAGACAGAGCUACAGGUCUGCACUAUGGUAUCAUCUCCUGUGAAGGCUGCAAAGGGUUUUUCAAAAGGAGCAUUUGCAACAAGCGGGUUUACAGAUGCAGUCGAGACAAGAACUGUGUCAUGUCACGCAAACAGCGAAACAGAUGCCAGUAUUGCAGGCUGCUCAAGUGCCUCCAGAUGGGGAUGAAUAGGAAAGCAAUCAGAGAAGAUGGCAUGCCAGGAGGCAGGAACAAAAGUAUUGGACCUGUUCAGAUAUCAGAGGAGGAGAUUGAAAGAAUUAUGUCUGGACAAGAAUUUGAGGGGGAGGCAAACAUCUCUUGGAGUAACAAUGGAGACAGUGACCAUAGUUCUCCUGGGAAUGGCGUUUCUGAGAGCAACCAGCCAUCACCUGUUUCUACUCCGUCUUCAAGUAGGUCUGUGGAGCUGAAUGGAUUCACUGCACUCAGGGAUCAAUAUAUUGGGACUCCAGUGUCCACGCACUAUCAGUACCUACCGCACCUUUUUAACUACUCUGCUCACUCAGCUCUGAUGCCCCCACAGACCCGAAGCCUAGAUCCCCAGUCACAUAGUCUCAUCAAUCAGCUAGUGUCAGCUGAGGACCUGGAACCACUUGGCACUCCAAUGCUUAUUGAAGAUGGGUAUAAAGUGACUCAGGCAGAGCUGUUUGCGUUGCUGUGUCGUCUGGCAGAUGAGUUGCUUUUCAGGCAGAUUGCUUGGAUAAAGAAGCUGCCAUUCUUCUGUGAACUCUCAAUCAAGGACUAUACUUGCCUGCUAAGUUCCACAUGGCAGGAGCUGAUUCUGCUGUCCUCACUAACCGUUUACAGUAAACAGAUCUUUGGUGACCUUGCUGAUGUAACCUCCAAGUACUCUCCCUCUGACGAUGAGCUGCACAGAUUCAGUGAAGAGGGAAUGGAGGUGAUGGAACGGCUGAUCUACCUCUACCGCAAAUUUAACCAAUUGAAGGUCAGCAAUGAGGAGUAUGCAUGUAUGAAAGCCAUUAACUUCCUCAAUCAAGACAUUAGGGGCCUGGCUAAUACAUCCCAACUGGAGCAAUUGAAUAAACGGUAUUGGUACGUGUGCCAGGAUUUUACAGAAUACAAGUACCCACAUCAGCCAAACAGGUUUCCGGAUCUAAUGAUGUGUUUGCCAGAGAUACGAUACAUUGCAGGAAAAAUGGUGAAUGUUCCUCUGGAGCAGCUGCCCCUCCUUUUUAAAGCCGUUCUGCAUUCCUGCAAGACAAGCGUGAGCAAAGAGUGAGCCUUCAUUGCCCUGAACCCAUGCCUUACUCUGGUGCUUCUGGUGGGGAACUGGCUCACAUGUGAAGAGAGGGGGGAGGGAAAACCAUGAUCAAGGCAGUAGGGAGCUGCUGAGACAGGGCGUCAGGUAGCCCUGUCAUUGUAGCAAGAAUCUUUUUUUGUUCGUUUUUUUGUUUUUAAACUCUUUUCCUAUAUAUUUAUUUCACGACAGAGUUGAAUGUAUGAUCUUCAACACAGUGCACAUGGUUCUGUAUGAAUGCAGCAGAUGCAUUCUCUUGCAGUUUACAGAAUGUGAAGAUGUUUAAUGUUACAGUGUUUGUUAGGAUUAGUUCUUUUGUAUUUGGGGGGCUGGGGGCCGAUAUGACUAAGACUACCUCAAUGAGAAGAUGCUGUUCAUGUACUGAUCAUUCCAUGAUUCAUAUCCAAAGUGUUUGCCUGGAGAGCAAACUGCCUCACUCCACUGGGAGAGCUGUUAGCAUCCCAAAUGCUGGAGUGCAUUGGAGGAGUGUGGGCAUUAGAGAAGUGCCAAGCUUCAAAAAAGAUAAGUGAGGGAGAAGGUGGUACACCAAAACCAGAAUUUGGGUACCCCCAGAAUAGCCAACCUGUUUAUUGUUAUAACCAAUCUGUUCUCAUUAAGUGUGGGUCUCCAGGGUGGCUAAAGGAAUACUUGGAGGACACAGAUACAGCCAUGGAUAAAUUAUUGACACAAGCAGUAUUCCAAAACAAGGCACCUUUUAUUGAACAAUUUCUUGACACAGUAACAAUCUAAACACAAAUCCCUUUUAUAACAAGUUAAAGAGCACCUCAAACCACAUUGCCUUAUAGCUUGACAUGAUACUGAGUGGAUGCUCCCUGCUUCAGAUGGUCAGUCUGUCAUAGAUAGCUAACAGCCAUUUUUAGAUGUCCAUUAGUUUUUACACGUAUAAAUCCCUUUCACAGUCAACACACACAGUCAAUACAUCUGUAUUAACCCCCCCCCCCACACACACACACACACAUAUGCAAACACUAUACUAUGCUAUGCUAUAACUAUACCCGUUACUCUGUCUGACAAACUUACUCAGCUGACGGCACAGUAUCUUUUCCUGUUUUCUUUCUCCCACUCCUCUGCUGCAUCCUUCUCUUCUCCCACUGCUCACUGCUGCUUCUCCUCGUCCCACCCUCACCUCUUUUGCGCCUUCCUCUGCCUUCUCUGCUCACUGCCUUCUCAACCUCUCAACUGCCACUGACUUUUAUACCCUACUUUGCUAACGGUCACAUGUCAGUCAUUCCAUUUGACCAUUAUUUACCUCAGUGUUAUGAUCUGUCAUUUGUUGUUUACCACCCUCUUUUUCCUGCCAAUUCCUAGUGCUACGUGACCUGCAGCUGUCAGCUAGUGGUGGAGUGACUCUUGCUUAUUCAAAAAUGGAAGCCAGGAAUCUAGAGAUUUCAAAAUGGAGUUUCCCUGGAAUCAGAGGGAGAAAUGAAGUCUACUAGUUGACCAAAAAAAAAGUCUUCAUCAGUUUUCAAAUGAAACUCUCAUGGUGUAAAUUGGGUCCCCCUGAAAUUCUGUCACAAGAGAAUUGCAGCAUUCCAAGGCUGAGAAAGGCCCCUAGCCCAUAUUCCCCUUCCCUGGGCAAUGCAGAAUUGUGUUCUCUCUCUCUCCAACUGAUGCAUGAUUAUUCCCUCACGACAGGCAGGCUGCAGAUCAUUUAAUUAUUGGCUAAAUGCUAUCUCUUAGAAUCACAAACUGGAAAAGCAUUCUGAGAAGCCAGGGCAAUAUAUGUUCUCCAUGGCUAGAUCUGGCCUAGUUUUUAAAUUACUCCAGUGAAGAGGAUUUCCUACUACAGUAGUUACAAGCAAUUCACAUCAGCGAACACUUCAAACCCAGCAGCUUCUAUCCCUCCUGUGGAUAAAAUAAAUAUGACUUCUGAGAAGAGAUUUCAGUAUCCUCUGCUAUUGGGUGUCUGUUGAACCUUGGAGAACAUAUGGGUAUUAACCAAGUCCUGCAUGUACCAUUUUACUGCUUGGAGGGGAGUGUAGUAGGAAAACUUGGCUCUUAGUACAAUUCAUCUAUAUUACUUAGUUCUAAAUCUCACAGAAUUUAGAUGUUCCACCCAGUAACUUCAGUCACUUGCAUUACAUCAAAAAUACUUUAAUUGCUGCUGUUUGAUUAACAUGUAUUACUGUCCAUUAAGCCUCAGUGUCCUCCUUGACUUCCUGUAUCCACAUGAUUGCUAGCUGGGGUCGAGUUUCUUUCCCUGUUUCCAUCAUUCAUAGAUUUAUGAAAUCUCACUCAUUCUAACAGGCAGCCAUGUUUCCUUUGCUGAAUUUUCUGCUGGGACCCUUAGUUGUGAAUCUGUUUUGAGUGGUUACAUUAGGCUGAUUGAGACAUUUUUGAAUGUUAAAGAACCUGCUAUUUUUAAACUACCUUGAGUUCUUCAGGAAACAACUUCUGCUCUUCUGGGGUGGGAGAAAACAUCCUUACAUCCUUGCCAUCCUCUGUCCAGUCAUGACCCAUCAUAGUAUAUGGCACAAAUUAAAUAUGUGGUCUGAACAAGCACCUGCUUGCCACUGAAGUACUGUACCUGCUAGUGGGUAGAAAUGAAUUGAGGAACAGCAGAAGCAUAUCAUUCAGUCCCACCCCAAAUGCUACCUACAGACUAGCGUAAUAGCAGCCCAACAGCCAUUGGAACUUGCUAGCUUGGCACAUCUCUAGGUUAGUCAACAGUUACUCUGUACAAUAAGUGCAAAUGGGUCCUGCCUGCAAGAGAUGAAGACUACUCCAUCCAAAACCAUCUCAGCAGAGACAAGCUGUUGACUAACCUUGUAGACCAAAGGCAGUGUUGCUCUCUUUAAUUCUGCUUUGUGAAUCUUCCCACUUGACUUUUUUCCCUUGCUUUAGGUAGUCCACUAGCUGCUGAUGUACACUUUCCUAAAAUAAGAUGUUACGGGUAACAGCUGCUGGGAUCAGCAGAAUUCCACUUUUAUGUCGCUUGACGAAUCCAAAGUUAGUUUCAUGAAUCUCAUUUGCGUUCUGUUUAUAAAAUGAGACAAGCACAUAUUUCUCAGGAAAGCCUUCUGCAUACAGUAUAUACCUCAAGUAUACCUGGGAAGAUUUUAGUGUAUCUGUUUGUUUCUAAGCUAGGAAGUAUUGCCAGCUUUAACUUUCAUUUUCAAAUAAUUCCACAUGAUACUUGUAUUACGGGUUAUUUUCUGGCUUGCUUACACAUUUCAGGAAUAGUUUAACUGCACAGAAGUAAUCUUAUUCCACAGUUAUUAGAUGAUUAAUUAUUGAUGAAUAAGAGUUUGUUUUAAUUAGA